UUUCAGACAAAAUGAAGUUGCAAGAGAGCAGUGCUUCUUUCUCUCUCUUCUUGAUAUUACAUUCUUUCUUAUCUGGGCCUGCAUUUGCACAUCAAGUUACAUUUUAUGUGCACAACAAAUGCCCAUUUCCCGUAUGGCCAGCAACAGCAGCCAACAGAGGCCAUCCGGUAAUCGCAGACGGUGGAUUCUACCUACCCUCAGGUGAAACUCAACGCAUAGUUGCUCCCUGGGAUUGGAACGGCAGAAUAUGGGCUCGAACAGGCUGCAAUUUCAACUCCAAUUGGCAACCUGGCUGCGAAACAGGCGACUGCGAUGGACGCCUGGCCUGUAAUGGGCUAAUAGGCACACCUCCAGUCACUCUAGUGCAAAUCUCUCUCCAAGCAGACAAAAGCAAGCCAAAUUUCUACGACGUGAGCUUGGUUGAUGGAUACAAUCUUCCUGUUUCUGUCACGAAUAGGCAAACAUCACCUAAAUGCACCAUCGGUGGUUGCUCUAAAAGCUUGAAAAAUUGGUGCCCACAUGAGCUUCAAGUCUUGAACAAUAAUGGCGAAGUUGUGGCUUGCAAAAGUGCUUGCUUGGCUUUCAAUCUUGAUUCAUUUUGUUGCAGGAAUGACUAUGGAAGCCCUGAGAAGUGCAGACCAAACGUUUACUCAAAGAUAUUCAAGGAGGCUUGUCCAAGUUACUAUAGCUAUGCUUUUGAUUCACCUCCUCCAUUGGUCAAUUGUGCAGCCACAGAAUACUUCGUAACUUUCUGCCCUUCUUCGUGGGGCGGUGAGUACAAGUCUACAUAGCUAUGUGAAGGUGAUGGUAUGCCUAAUUAUAAAUAAUUAAUGUCGGCUUUAACUAGAAACUAAGGAAUGUUGGGUCUUGUGCAAUGAUGCUCUUUUUCCAAUAAUUAAUUAAUUAUAUUAAGCUUCUAUCAA